AUGAAACGCCCCUCACCGCUAACCGGUGACCGCCCGUUUGCUACCCACUCCCCGCUCCCACAACCUACAAACACACCCACAUCCACUUGCCAGCUCGCCGUUGCCAAAAAACUGCCCUCCCCACACUCUUUCAAUCCACCGCCCACAGUCUCUCCCACCACCUCCCGCGCCAGCCUUUCCCACUCCGACAACCUCAACCUCACCUCAAGCAAAAUGUCCGCCUCACCCGCAUCCCCAGCCGCCCCGACCGCGUCUCCACCCCCGCCCCUCGCGCUCCCGCUCGGCUUCGCGGCCCAACUGCACGCGCUGCAGGACGCCCAGCGCGCGCUUGCGCUGCGCGUCGCGGCGCUUGAGCAGGAGAACGCGGUGCUCAGGGCUGCGCUGCAGGAGCAGAAAACGGCCUGCACCCGGCAACACCCCCCGGCUACUGAUGCCGCACUGCUUGCUCGCGUUGAGGCGCUCGAGCAGCGGACCCAGCACCACCUCACCACCCCCACCCCCACCCCCACCCCAGCCCUCGCCCCCUCAGAGUCUGCCCUCGAACCCCGCAUAACCGCCCUCGAAGCCCACACCCACGCCCUCACCCUCCGCCGCCGCGAAGCCGUAACCCAACUCCUGAACCUACGCACCCUGCACCAAGAAUCCGCGAACGCGUUCCUCCUGCGCGCGGGCGAUGUCCAGGACGAUGAUCUCGAGGGCAUGCUGGGCGUGUGGGGGACGAGUGUUACGACGGUUGUUAGUGGGUUGCAGCAGGUGCUGGGGGUGCGGGGGUAUGCAGGGGGAAAUGGGUAUGGAGGGGGGUAUGGAGGGGGUUAUGGAGGAUAUGGAGGGUGGUAUGGAGGUGGGGGGCAGGGGUGGUGUUGGGCGCAUGGGGGGGCGUGGCCGUGUCGGGGGUGUGGGCACUGAGAGCGGGUGAAGAGGUGGGGCUCUGGUUUUGCUGGUGGCAAAUCAGUGUUCGAUCGGAGGACGGCCGGUUCAGGAUUCUCUGGUAAGUUGAGGUUGGUCUGCUUUUUGAAUGGUGGUGGUUUUGACUCUUCAGGUUUUGGGUUGGAAGUUCGCCGUGUGUGAUCUACGUCCUGCUUUGUUGGCGCUCGCGUCUACCCAAAGAGUGGAUACUAUCUGCACCGACUGGCGGUACUGUUCGGUGGUUCUCGGUUCUGGCUUUGCAUUGGUGGUAUUUCGGUUGGUGUUUUGGAGUUCACGGGACGGAUACAUCCAAUGUCAGCGUUUGCGUCGAGCACCGGUCUGGUCUCAAGGAAAGUAGCAUCAUAGCUACCUGAUGUAAUAUAAUUCUUGGUCCUUACACA